AUGGAUGAUGCAGUGGCUCCAAACAGGAUAAGUGGGUUUCAAGUCAGUGAAGGGGGAACUACAGUUUCUCAUUUACAGUUUUCAGAUGACACAAUAAUUCUGCUAAAUGCUUCCAGGUUGGAGGUUAGAAGGUCGUUCAUUAUUCUUAUGCUUUUUGAGGUUCUCACAUGUCUUAAACUGAAUUUAGAGAAGAGUUCCAUGACUAGUAUUGAGUCUGAUGAUAUAGUUCAAGAGUUGUCUUCAGAAUUGGGUUGUAAAAUUAAUAUGUUACCUAUAACACACUUAGGUAUGCCUAUUGGUGCUACUAAAAGGAGUACAACUAUUUUGGAGAUUAUUAUUCAGAAGAUGCAGAAGAAGUUGGCACCAUGGAAAAGAAAGUUUUGA